CUAUGUGGAGUUCAUUAGAAACAAGAAAACCAGCGCAGGCAGCAAGAUGGAUGCCCUGAAGAAAUACAUCUUGCAGAGGGACCAGAAGAAAAUUAGGGCUGAAGAGAGAAAAAAGCCAUCUUCUGCAUCCCAGCCUGUCCCGCACCCUUCACGUCCGGCUUCUCCUCCUCCCACCCAAAGCUCCCAUUCCCAGCCAGCCACAGCACACGAGCCAACAGAUGCAGAUCUUCUGGCUUCAGUCAUGGAGGCGGAGCCACAGGUACUUCCACCACCAGCACCACCUUCAACGCCAAUCCGCUCAGCUCGCUUGAGCAAAGAACCGCUCAAAGGCUGGUGUCAGCGGCUUCUGAGAGUGCGCGUGCUGACGGAUAAUCUGCAGAUGUGGUGGUACCCUCCCCAGCCACGUCUGCAGUAUCAUCAGCCUCCAGCAUCGCCAGAUGUGUUCUUCACCUGGCCGCUGUGUUUGUGGAUGCCCUACAGGAUGUGGUCCUACAAGCUGAUCUGCAGCUCACCACACUGCAGACGGUCCGGUCAGCGACUGACAGCUUGUGGGCUCUACAAGACAGUGAGGCGGGUGCUGAACUUACACGGCUGGUAUUUUCUGGCGACGGAAUACCUGGAGUGUCAGCGCUGCCAUAAAAAGCUGGCCGCGUGGUCCUACGACAUCCUGGACCAGCUGGAUCCGGCUCACCGCAGGAUGUUCCCAGCUAUCCUCACUUACCGGUUCUCUUGUGAUAUGCAUGUGGCAAAGUUGAUGAGGGAGCGCUCUCUCGGCAACAGCGCCACAAUGUUAUAUCACAAACUAUGUGAACAGCAUAGUGAGGACUGGAUGGAGAGGACCCUGCAGUACCUGUCUGCGUGUGACCGGUUUCAGGGCACCACCACACGGCCCAUCACACCUCCACCUCCGAUGCCACCUGUACCAACUGCCCAGUGGCUCCUCUCUGUCCACGCAGAGGAUGUCCGGUCCCGGUAUAGUGAGCUAAAAGCCAGGGUCACCUCUGUCUUUGGGUCCAUCCUGAAAAUGGACUCCACAAAACAGGUGGCCAAAAAACUGGCGGGAGCUGCAGCUGGGACCGCAGCCUGGGUCACCAAUGUGGGCAAUGAGCACGGACAGGUCCUCAUGUCUGUGCUCACCUCACAUGAAGGUCAGGGACUGCUGCCCAUGACCACGGGCCUGGUGAGGAGGUUCGAGGCGGCUGGAGUCGCUCCCCCCACGCUCCUGUAUGUGGACAGAGACUGCUGCUCUUCUGUGGGAACAUCUAGAGCAGCUGCCAUGUUCAGCGGCUGGAGUGAUCUGGUGGUUCGUCUCGAUGUGUGGCACUUCAUGCGGCGCUUCGCUGCAGGUCUGCACACUGACAGCCACCCGCUCUAUGGUCUGUUCAUGGCAAAGCUCUCUGCCUGCAUUUUCGUCUGGGACGAGGGAGAUGUGGCCCUGCUGAGGGAGGCGAAAAGGAGGGAGCUGGAGCAACAGCAGGGCAUCAGAGGCCUCACUGAUGAGCAGCUGACCGGCAGGCUCACCUCCAGACAGCUGGCGCAGCACUACCGCCGCUGCACACGUGGCGUGGAGGAGACAGAGCAGCUGAUCGGACAGAUGCUGGAGGCCUUCAAGGACGCCAGGGAAACCAUGGGCAUCCCCUUGAUGGACCAGGAGAGGAUGGACGUCAUCUGGGACACUCAAAGGCGUCAUCUUCCCUGCAUCCAGGACCCUCCUGGAGUGCAGCUGUACACCCAGACAGGAAGUGUUACAAAGGGAGGGCUAACACUUCCUGUGUACCGCUGCGCUCGGGGGUCCACUUCCCUGGAGUCCUUCCAUAACCACCUCAACCGCUUCAUACCCGGAACGAGCGCUAACCUGGAAAAUUUCCAGGCUUAUCUGCUUGAGGGUUUGGAGCGGUGGAACGAGGACCGCGCUGCUGCUGCCGUCACACACAAUGCUCCCUUGUCGCUGCGCUGCUACAGUGGCUCACUCCAGCACAGCCUAAAUGAGCUCAGCCAGCGUCUUCUUGGCUGUAGUCUUGUACAAGACUACUCCAAGCCAGGACAGUACACAGGCGAGCUCAUCGGGGUGGAGUACCUGUGCUCGCAGCAGUCCUGGGAGUUCAGGGAGAACUUUGGGCGGGACCCAGAUGUCCCAGACGGAAUCCCAGCGGACUUGGGCGAUAUAGAAGAUGAGGGAUUUGGGGAUGAGGCAGAGGAACAGGACCACACCAUCUCCCCUCUUUCUUUAGUCUCAACCAAGGAAGCUAUAUGCUUGUCUCGGGAUUCACCGUCACCCUCUCAGUCCUCCCAGGACUUGCCACCUGAGCCCCAGGAAGAUGUGUGCAGAGGACCAGACGGGACGCCAGGUUUUGACAGAGUGGUGGACUUGGCCAGAUACCUUGUCGAGCUGAGGGAAAAGCCUUGUGUCUCGGACAGGGAAGCCACUGACAUCGUUCGGCUGUGGGACAGACUGCCGGACAGUGACAGACAGGGUGUUUCCUAUCCGCCGAGACACAAGGAGAGACUUUUGCAAGGCAGGUUCAAGGCCACCCACUCCAAAACCUCCACCUGCCAUGGAAAAGAGAGCCUGAAGCGGUAA